GCCGAGGUGUCGGGAAACAACUCUUGGUUGUUCGUUUCUGUCGCCGAGUUGCUGCUGACGCCUCGGUUCGACGGAGUUCUGCUUUCAGUCUGAUGGAAGUGAGUGACACAGUUUCAGAUUUCGAUAUAAAGAACCCAUCCACGCAGGAUUUCCUGGAGCAGCUCUUGAACCAGGAGCUGCAGAGUCCCCCACCAUGUUUACAUGUCACAGAUGAUUACGAGUAUGCUGGCUGUCAAUCUCAGGGGGUUUACUGUGGCCCCCAGGAGAACCCCAGAUCCUUUGACUGCCCAAGCAUUGAGAUUACCUCCAUAAGUCACAACAUUCACGUGGACGCGGGCAGUAGCCUGGAGGUUUUGGCAGCUGGUGGUGCAGAAGGGGGGUACGUUGAACCACCGUGGCACAGAAAUCACCUCUACCUUCCUCUGGACGCCUGUUAUCGGGAGGCAACGCUCAGCCCAAGUCCCUGCAGCAGCUUGUCGUCCAGGAGCUGGGUGUCGGACCUCUCCUCUUGUGAGUCUUUCUCCCAUAUUAACGAUAAUGUAGACGAAGAGCUGCAUGACGCUGCCCUCCUUGAUCUGGGCUCACCAGGAUGUGGAGGUGGCACAUUUGGGGUGGAGCUGUGGCAGCAGAAGUACCAGCAUCCUUUACCUUUCAGCCCAGUGUUGUCACCGCAUCAGUCGCCCCGGCAGUCACCAAGCCACUCCCCUCGCACCAGUAUCACCGAGGAUACGUUGCUCAACCACAGGCCCACCUCCAGACCUUCCUCCAGACCAACCUCCCCCUGUGGAAAGAGAAGCCACUCCGGCGCUGACCUUCGUGCUCGCUCACCUUCUCCUCUCCACUCAGCCAGCCCCACUCCAGGCGUGUCUCCCCGGGGUAGUGUGACGGAUGACAACAGGGUGGGGAGCCCUGCCAGUACCUCUGGAGCCUACAUUUCUGGUUACCAGGAGCUUGACGUCCCUUCUAAAACCAGAAGAACAUCGGGAAGUCAUCUUGGCCUCUUGGCUGGUGACCCUGGCCCUAAAUCCUACCUGGAUUCUUGUGGAGAGGAAAAACGAGAACAGGGUGGCAUCGCUGAGCUCUUCCUUCCAGUCCCAUUCAAUUUCAGCUGGAACAAACCCAAACCUGAAAACCCACCACUGUUCAGCUCUGGCGCGUCCCGCUGGGUUUUAUGGAGUAAAGACUGGAUUCUGGUGGCAGGUGGAGAGACGGAGAACAACUCCCACGCACGAGCUCCUUCCUUGAUGCAGCCUCUCGGUGUGAGCGGCAGCACGCGCUGUGACUGGCUGGCGUCAGAGAGAGAGGCACGAGCUGGAAGGAGGGUCGGAACCAGCCCGGCAUCCGGCUGA